AUGUCGGACCACGAGAGCACCGGAGAGGGCGCCGAGUUCCAGUACAAGCAACCGCCGCAAAAGACGAUUGACGAGCUGCUCAACGCUGACAAGGUUUUUUGUUGGGGUUUAAUUUAAUGUUUGGUUCCGAGAAGGCCUUCAUCUAAACAAAAAUGAAGCUUGUUGACACUCUCGCAUCAAGGAAAAAUGGGAAAAUAUGAAAAGAAUUGUUGAUGAUGGCAUCCUUAUCCAUCAGAAAAUAUCAACCAAUUUCCAGGAGGACGAGUCGCUGAAGGUGUACAAACAGAAGUUACUCGGACAAGGAACCGUCAUCGUCGAGGCGAACAACCCGCUCCGCGUGAUCAUCCGCUCCGUGGAACUGCUCAUCGACGGAAAGAAGACCGAGUCGUUCGACCUCUCGGACCCGGCCAAACUGCUCAACUCGGAUCUGUCGGUCAGCAUCAAAGAAGGUUCCAACUACCGGCUCAGAUUCGCGUUCCACGUGCAGCGCGAGAUCGCCUCCGGACUUCAGUGAGUUUUCUGCGAUGAUUUCAACAAACAUCACAUUGUGUUUUGUAGCUACAAGCACAAAGUGAAAAGAGCUGGGAUCACUGUCGAGAACGAGAAAUACAUGAUGGGCAGCUACGCGCCGAAACUCGAGAUUCAGGAAUAUAAGUCGCCAAACGAGGAAGCGCCAUCCGGUAAGAAGCAAAAACUGGCUUUACCUGAACAACGUGUCCAUUUUUCAGGAAUGAUUCACCGCGGAAAGUACAAGGUCCAUUCAAAAAUCACGGACGACGAUGAGAACGUGUACCUCGACUGGCAGUGGACGCUGCACAUCUCGAAGGAGUGA